UUUUCACCGAAUGGCCAGCUCCUUGCUUCUGCUUUGUGGAACAAGACCAUCAGACUUUGGGAUCCAUCGACCGGAGCCUCGCGCGGCGCCAUUGAGGGUCAUUGUCAUUGGGUCGAGGCAGUGGCAUUUCCACCGGAUGGGAAGCUCCUUGCCUCUGUCUCCGGUGAUAUGAUAUGUACCACAGUCAGGCUUUGG